AUGUACGGGCUGCUGCUGGAGAACCUGUCCGAAUACGUGAAGGCUGUCUACGGUGAGGACAAGUGGGAUGACAUCCGCCGACAGACGGGCAUAUCGUCGCCCUCGUUCAGCGUCCACGAUGACUACGACGAGAAUCUGCUCAACGUGCUGGCGACGAAAGCGCAAGAAAUUCUUGGAAUAUCGGAGCGUGACUUUAUGGACCAGAUGGGUGUGUACUUCGUCAACUUCGUCAGCCAGUACGGGUACGAUCGGGUGCUGUCCGUGUUGGGCCGCCACAUGCGCGACUUUCUGAAUGGACUGGAUAAUUUGCACGAAUAUCUCAAGUUCUCCUACCCGCUGAUGCGUGCGCCCAGCUUCAUCUGUGAGAACGAAACGCGCCACGGACUGACGCUGCACUAUCGAACCAAGCGCAAGGGUUUCGUUUACUACACAAUGGGACAAAUUAGGGAGGUGGCACGUCAUUUCUACCAUAAAGAUAUGCAAAUCGAGCUGGUCAAAUCGGAUCUGCUCGGCGAAACAAACCAUUACACGUUCCAGCUGACGUUCGACAACCGGGCCUUCUCGUUGGCCACCCUGGCGAUGACGCGGGAGGAGAAGCACCUGCCCAUUAGCGCCUCGGUACUGUUCGAGAUAUUCCCCUUCUGCAUCGUCUUUGGGUCGGAUAUGGUAGUCCGUAGUAUAGGCAACUCGCUGAUGGUCAUUCUGCCCGAUUUACUGUCGAAAAAGAUUACGGAUUGGUUCGAGCUGAGACGUCCAUUGAUAGCAUUUAAAUUCCAAACGAUACUCAACCGCACGAAUAAUAUAUUCGAGCUAGUUACGGUGCAGUCCGUUAAAAAGCGGCCUGAAAAUCAGCGAAAAACAGAACUCGUUCUUUCGGAGGACGAGCCAGAGGAGGAGGUUGAAAGGCGCUUGCGACUUAAGGGGCAGAUGAUCUACAUGGAGAACUGGUAUAUGAUCAUGUUUCUGGGGACUCCGGUCAUGCCCAAACUGACAUCCCUUAUCAGUACCGGCCUAUACAUCAACGAUCUGUCCAUGCACGACUUUAGCCGUGAUCUCAUGCUAGCCGGAACGCAGCAAUCAGUCGAACUAAAGUUGGCCCUCGACCAGGAACAGCAAAAGUCGAAAAAGCUUGAAGAAUCGAUGCGAAAACUGGACGAAGAGAUGCGCCGGACGGACGAGCUGCUGUAUCAGAUGAUCCCGAAGCAGGUCGCCGAUCGGUUACGGCGUGGUGAGAACCCGAUCGAUACCUGUGAGAUGUUUAACAGCGUUUCGAUACUGUUCUCGGAUGUGGUCACAUUCACCGAGAUCUGUUCCCGCAUCACACCGAUGGAGGUCGUUUCCAUGCUGAACGCAAUGUACUCGAUCUUCGAUACGCUUACCGAGCGGAACAGCGUGUACAAGGUCGAAACGAUCGGUGAUGCGUACAUGGUGGUGUCUGGUGCUCCUGCCAAAGAGCAAAACCAUGCUGAAAAAGUCUGUGAUAUGGCCUUGGAUAUGAUCGAGGCAAUAACGGAUUUGAAGGAUCCCUCCACAGGAUCUCAUCUUCGUAUACGAGUGGGUGUUCACUCUGGUGCGGUGGUGGCGGGUAUCGUCGGUUUGAAGAUGCCAAGAUACUGCCUGUUCGGUGACUCAGUCAAUACCGCCUCGCGCAUGGAGUCAACGAGCCAGGCGAUGCGAAUACACAUAUCGGAGUCCACCAAGCAUCUGCUCUCGUCCAACUAUCGCGUCAGCGAGCGGGGUGAGAUCGACGUCAAGGGGAAAGGCACGAUGAAGACGUACUGGUUGGACUAUCGCGAAAAUCGUCCCCCGCUACAGCUGUUGGACGAGGACAUCAAGAGCCCAUCGAUCGAGUACAUCGAAGCGAGCAAGGACCGGCGCGUCAGCAUUCCGUCGUACAAUUUCGUACAGCAACCCCACAAGCAAUCGCUCGGCGGUCUCAGUUCGGCGGGGCUGGAAGAUCGGCGCGUGUACUCGCCGGUAACGUUCGAAGAUGUUGCACGCCGCAGUAUCGCUAACUCACCGGUGAAGUUGCACGCGUUCGGACCACGAGGUCGGGAAAAUCGGUCCAACUCGACGGGUCAUGCGUUCAUGCACAGUGUGUCGGACGUGUUCGGUUCGCUUGUGAACGAUACGGAGGAGUUUCUGGAGGAUCUGCAGCAUAGGAAUUCGCUGAGCAACACACUUUACUCCCCAUCCACCACAUCGCCCUGUCCGUUUAGUCCGCCGGCCCAACAGUUUCGCACCAAAUCGAAAUCAUGUUAUCAAGCGCAGUUUCUGGAUAAGGAUCACGAACUGCUAUCCGGUGCUAGCAAUGCGUUACUGCAAGAAGCACCCAAAAAACCUAAAGGAAUCCUGGCGAAAUCACAAACCGUCGAACAUGCAGCCGCUGCGUCGUACGAACAGAAGGCGAAAGUGCGCAAGGCGAAACUGGACGCGGUGAAGCACCAGCAGACCAAGGCACUGGAAAAGCUCGACCAGAUGGUGCAGGAAAUCUACGACGCCGAUCUGCCCGGCAUGUGCUUCGUCAAUCCGCCCGGUUCGCGGUCCGAUGGCAACAUCUGUCAGUCGAACAAUUGCACCCUCGGUAGCAGUAGCCGGCCGCAAGCGGUCCCAUCGCAUUCCGGUGCGGUACCGGGCCCGUCCACCGGCCCGGUACCCGUCUGCGAACAGCACGCCCAUCUGCCCCCGCGACACUGUCACGGGUGUGAACCGGUGGCUGGGCCCGGUUCCGCCCCGGGGAAGGUUCCACAGAGCAUGAGCUUUUCGCAUCCGAAAGAGCACAAGUGCUGCCCGGCGGCGUACGCGACGCACCACCAGAACGGUCGACACAAAGUGCACUCGAACGCCUGUCACAUACUCUAGAGACUGUAACACACGACAAGGAUCGUGCGCUCGGUAGCUCCCCGUAGUGUGUGUGUGUUUUUUGUUGGUCCUCGCGGUAGUAGCGCACGUACACAUCCACUGCAGCACGCCAUCUGUACAUAGUACGAUACGGUUUCUCGGUGGAAUUCGACAUCCUAGCGAGCACUGAACCAGUCGCCUGGGUCAUUCGGACGAAAGCUUUAACCGGAAGUCAAUAGGUGUUUUGUAUGUGUUCGUGUGUCCUUUAUAAUUUUACGUUUCUAACAGGUGUCUAGCAACAGCACGAAGCCACCUGACGUAUGUAAGAGCGCGCUGGUGUGCGUGGUACAUGUUGUACUUAAAGUAUUAUCGGCAACUUAACCCCGCGGGAGCUUCACUGUACACCGUACGAAUCAGAGUAACUUAAGCCGAGUGAUUGUUCUAGCGAAAUGUAACCAAUUGGCUGCCAUUUAGGGCAGUACCAGAGACACAACCAUGGGUUGGAUGCAUAUAUAUAUGUGCGAUGGAGUUUAUUUAUUAUCUAGAUGUCUUUACUUACCUGUUUAAAUGCCUAAAAGGAUAAUUACAAUGUAGAAAAGCGGCACAAACGAACCAACCCCUGAAGACAGUGCUCUAGUAGUGCAAUUCGGUACUUAAAUACAAUCGUUAACUGCGGUACUUAAAACAAUCGUUGAGAGCACUCUAAAUCGUCCAGAUCGGCACUCACUCACUGUCUCUCACUGUGUGUGAUGUUAAGUGAGUUAUUUCAUCACUAGGCUCUAGUCUAUCGCUACCAAAGUGGUACGGUGUUAAAAAAAAACAUUAAUGUGACGUUGUAGAUUUACACACCAAAUAGACAAAAUGUACGACAAAGUGACAGACAUCAAGAGAAAGCUAUACAUUCGUGUUGUACUGUAAAGAGUUUUACGAAAUCCAGAAUACCAGCAGGUCGUUUGGUAAUAUUAUAAUCGUUCGGUAACUUAUUAAAGCACCAAUCGCGUAACCAGGAAGUGGUCGGGAAAGUAUCUUACAUUCAGGUUCAAUUGACAAUAAACAGAUAACCCUCAUGUCCACCGCAUACUAGUUUCAGGUUCGAAGAGCAGCACGAUAAGGUACGCCGAUUGCAACAACCCUCCCAAUAACUUCACACUCCCGAGCAAGCAAACGCGGGGCGCAAGUCAACAGAACUGGCGCUUCCGUCGCGUCUUAGUGAUCGUCUUGGUGUUGUACAUACUUUGACAAUAAAGCAAAACUAUACGUGUAUGUAUGUUGAAGAA